AAACCAUGUUCAUCAUUCUCUUUCACAACAUAUUCUUCAAAACCACUUUCUUCGCCGCCAAAAGCCUCUUCAUCUUCUACACAAUCAUCAUCAUUCUCUAAAACUCCAUCAUCUUCUCAGAAGCCGUCUCUGUCUUCAACUGGAGCUCCUCCAUCUUCAUCUAAUCCGUGUCAUCUUCUAAACGAUAUUCAUCAUUCUCUAAUUCCACAUCACAUUCUUCUAAACCACUUUCUUUGCCACCAAAAGCCUCUUCAUCUACUACAAAAUCAUUAUCAUUCUCUAAACCCCCGUUUAGUCUUAGUGGAGUAAAGAUUUUCAUUUUUAUAAGACUAAAAACUGUGUGAAAUGAUUGUAUGAUGGAAUGAUAUGAUGCAUAAAUGCCUCUUCUUUGAUUGCAGAACAAUAUGUCUGUAUUUCUUCAAAUAUUGGGAUUUGUAUUUGGUCGCAAUGCAAAAGAUAAAAAUGAUAGAGAUGAUGGAGUUUCUUCUGAAACUUCUGUGAAGGUGAGUUCUUCCCCAAGUUGCAAUGAUCUGCCACGCCAAUCUGAUCCAACCAUAAUUUACUACUAUGAAGAUUACCUAAAUUUAUCAAUCAGUAACUCAACUGCAAAAGAGCCUAAUGCUGCAUCUCUUCAAUCAAAUCUGAGAAGGGCUCCCGAAGUCUCUCAAUCUUCAGCUCAACACACAUCAAGUUCUUCAUCUUCUACACAAUCAUCAUCAUUCUCUAAACUUCCAUCAUGUUCUCACAAGCCGUCUCUGUCUUCAACUGGAGCUCCUCCAUCUUCCUCUAAUCUAUCUGUGUCAUCUUCUAAACCAUAUUCAUCAUUCUCUAAUUCCACAUCACAUUCUUCUAAACCACUUUCUUUGCCACCAAAAGCCUCUUCAUCUACUACAAAGUCAUUAUCAUUCUCUAAACCCCCGUUGUCUUCUCUUAAGCCGUCACUAUCUUCAACUAUAGCUGUUCCAUCAUCUCCAACACUGACUAAACCUUCAAUAACUUCUUCUGCAUCUUCUUCGUCCACUAAAUCCCCACCAUCUUCUCUUGGACAGUCCUUAUCUUCACCUGAAGCACCUCCGUUUACUUUUGGUCAUCCUUUAUCAUCUGCUGAGCCGUUACCAUGUUCACUGAAGCAAUCUCCAUCUCUCACUAAAGCGUCUACGUCUUCAUGUGAUUUAUCCCAAUCCUCCUCUGAGCUGCCUUCAUCCUCCCUGAAGACAACUCCACCUUCUAAGCCAACUCUGUUUGCACUCCCCUUUGAUUCAAGAAAUCAGCAUACAAAAGAUAAAUGUAUGUGGGUUCCAACUAAAGCAUCUCUGUCUUCAUGUGAUUUAUCCCAAUCUUCCUCUGAGCUGCCUCCAUCCUCCCUGAAGACAACUCCACCUUCUAAGCCAACUCUGUCUGCACUCCCCUUUGAUUCAAGAAAUCAGCAUACAAAAGAUAAAUAUAUGUGGGUUCCGACUAAAGGAUCUCCGUCUUCAUGUGAUAUGCCCCAAUCUUCCUCUGAGCUGCCUCCAUCCUCCCUGAAGAAAACUCCACCUUCUAAGCCAACUCUGUCUGCACUCCCCUUUAAUUCAAGAAAUCAGCAUACAAAAGCUAUAUAUAUGAGGGUUCCGAAGGGCACGUCACCAAAUUACAUGAUUCCCAAUGAUAUUGAAGAUUUGAUCAAGAAAGACAUUGUGCCUAAUGUUCUGAAGAAGCCAUUGUCUCCUUCAACCUAUAAGGAUUACUUUGCUGCCCUGUUACAUGCCGAGGAUUUCUAUAUUGAGAAGUGGAGCGGGUUUCAUUGUCAAAUGUAACUUUGGAGUUGCAUGAAGCGGCGAAAUAUAAGAAGUCAUUCAAGGACAAGUUUGAUGAAAAGGAUGAUAAAGUCUUUGUAGCUUUUAAGAUUGACUCUGUUCCUGAGAGACGACCGUUUCUUUUAUCUAGGGAUUUUGUCUAUGCACGACCUGCAGGCAAUGAAUCAAAGUUUCAAGGAUUAAUUUACCGAGUGGUGAAGAGUGAUAUUGUGCUGGUUGAAUUUGAAGAAGAUUUUUAUUCUCAGCAUCAUUCAGAUUGCAAGUACGACAUUAGCUUCUCGUUCAACAGAGUGUGUUUGAAAAGGGCUCACCAAGCAAUUGCAGCAGCAUCUGAUCCUUUACUCCAGAACUAUCUUUUUCCUGAUUGUGCCUCCCGAAAGAAUGACCCUGAAUCAAAGCCUAUUUUAAAACGCAAUAAUUAUCUUGAUUCGGAUCAAUUCUUAGCAGUUCAUCAGAUCUUAAACUUUCAAGGCUCACCACCUUAUCUUGUAGAGGGUCCACUUUCAGUAACUGACAGACAACUAUCAAAAACUGGAAUGGUUGUUCGAGAAGCAGUACUCGCAAUUUAUUGCAGCUCACUUAAGAAUCGAAUUCUCAUAUGUGCUCCUAUAAACAAAACCUGUGAUGUACUAAUGACAAGUUUGAUGGAGGAGAUUCCAGUGUCAGAAAUGUUUCAGGCCAAUGCUGCAUUUAGAGAGAUAAAUGGGGUACCAGAUGAUAUCCUCCCCAUUUGUCUUUACGAAGGAGAGUGCUUUUCUUGUCCUUCAGUUCAGAAAUUGAGGGAAUUUCGGGUCAUAUUUUCAACUUUUGCAAGUAGCUUUAGGCUUCGUAAUGAAGGCGUAACUGCUGGACAUUUUAGUCAUAUUUUUCUUGUUGAUGCAUCAUCGGCCACUGAACCAGAGACACUUAUAGCUCUCAGCAAUUUGGCUAACGAGUCCACAUCCUUGAUAGUCACUGGCGCUCCGGGGAAGCAACCAAGUUGGGUCCGCUCAGAUAUUGCUAGAAAGAACGGAUUGAGGAGGUCAUAUUUUGAAAGACUUCGUGAGCACAACACAUACAUGAGUUUUGAUCCAAUGUUCAUCAGUAUGCUCAACUCCAAUCAAAGAAUCAGAUGAAUAAGAUUUUUGUCAUGCUCUUAAGUCUUGUCUGUUAAUACAAUAACUGCAACUGCUAUUUUAUUAAAUUGUGCUGCUGCUAAUGUUAGUAACACUCAAGGAUCCUGGGUAAGCUUAUUUUGUAUCUGUUGCUGUAUGCAUUUCCUGUGUUCCAGGGACGACUGAUUAAUCUGAUAUAGAGCAUCGACAAAAAUUAAUUAUACACAAAA